AUGAUCGAAGACGACAUCUACCGCACUUCUUCCCAGUUCCGACUAUGGUCCUACACUGAACCGUCGCUUCAGUCCCUCCGGCAGAGUACGAACGCUGUCGCAAGCGAUCGUGUCCGCGCUGCACUCCGCAGAGCCCGCGAAAACCAUGCAUCUGCCCCAUCUUCUGCGACGGGAACACCACAGCCGGGAAGCGAUGUUGAGGAGAAGGAUAUUGAAUGCCUCACACCGGAGGAAGAGCUAGUAUUUGUCCGCUACUACUGUGAGAAAACCCUGGAACUAGGCGAAACAUAUAAGCCACCACUUCCUACGAUGGUCCGAGCGACUGCUAUUCAAUACCUCCGCCGUUUCUAUCUGACUAAUUCACCAAUGACAUAUCACCCAAAAUCAAUCAUGGCAUGCGCGCUCUUCCUCGCAACCAAGACCGACAACUAUUAUAUGUCUCUUCGACAAUUUGCAGAGGGAAUUCCAGGCGACACGAGCCCGGACGAUGUUAUUGCUCCAGAAUUCCUAAUCAUGCAAGGACUUCGCUUCACAUUCGAUGUCCGACAUCCCUUCCGCGGCCUAGAGGGCGGUGUCAUGGAGCUGUCUGCAAUCGCACAAGGCCAAGGCGCACCAGCUCCUCACCUUCCACACCAAACCGCCGAAACCCUCAGAAAGGGUCUGCUCUCUAUAGCACCUCCCCCGACCCCCUCCUCUUCCAUCUCAGACCGUAUCGGGCGUGCCCACGGUACAUGUCGCGAAUUGCUCAAAUCCGCGGCCCAGAUGACGGACGCCUACUUCCUUUAUACCCCUUCCCAAAUCUGGCUAUCAGCCUUCCUCCUCGCCGACCGGCCUCUAGCCGAAUUCUACCUCGACACCAAACUUGGCGGCCCCCUCGAUCCAACUGCCAUGGACACCGAUCCUCGGUCCAACCUUCAAAACCCACUUUAUGAGCUACGCAGUAAACUCAUUAAAGUUUUGAACGGCUGCGCGUCACUUUUGAAAUCAUAUAAACCGCUCUCUUCCGACCCGGACCAAAUGAAGAGCCUGAAGCGCAUCGCAAAGAAGCUAUAUCAUUGCCAAAAUCCCGAGAAAGCCAAUAUAGCGCAGAAGCGUGACUCCACCCAACCCUCCAUCUCAGCAGCUGUCGACUCGGGUACCGUCACGUCUGAGAGUGAGACAGAGCGAUUGGCGAAAAAGCGGAAGCUCGAGGAGGAGCGGAAACAACGGGGCGCACAUGAUAUGUUUGGCCCCGAGUUGGUGACGGAGCGGACCAAGCAUCAAUAA